AUGAAUCAGGAAAUUAUGCUUCCCAGUUAUUUUGGAGGCUACGGCCCACCAGCCAGGUUUCGAGCCAAAAAUAAUCCAGUGGACGCCAAAAACUAUGACUUUCGUGCUAACAGAACUUUUGCAUCUGCACCCAAUACUGUCAUAGAGUCAGUAUUUCAUAUGCUGAUGUUCGGUCUCGGUGGAGGUCUGGUAGUACUGCAUGGAGCAUACAUGGAAUGUGGUAUCUGGACGGCGUUAGUCGUCAACAUUGCUCUGGCCGCUCUCAUCGGCUACUGUUCUUGUACCCUAGUGUGGUCAGCUCAGAAACUGUACGGUCGAGUCGUGAUGCCUACGCUCACAUACCCUGAUAUAAUGGAAGCUACCGUGCUUCUAUGUCCAUGGAAGCUAUUCCGCAAAACGGCCAGAUGUUUAAGAUAUCUAGUCGAAUUUACAAUUAUGCUCAACCUCUACGGUUCCUGCUGUGUCCUGGUCAUCAUGAUAGCCAGGAAUUUGAAGGAGUUAGUUUCGGGAGAUAAUACUAUUAAUGAUUCUGACGACCCGCCACUAAAAGUGUAUAUUCUGAUACUAAUGAUACCAUGUAUAAUUAUCUGCAUGGUCACCGAUUUGAAAAUUUUAGCACCUUUUGCUUUAAUUUGUGAUAUGUUUGCCGUUGUCCUAAUCGUAAUAACUUUAUGGUAUGCAUUCCACAAUUCCAAAGUAAGUCCACUGGAUCGUGCGCCUUAUAGGAGUGUGAUGGGAUUGUUCGAAUUUAUGAGCGUUUGCACAUUUGUACUGGAACCAGUUAGUUACGCUCUGCCUGUUGAAAAUAAUAUGAAUGAACCGAAGAAAUUUCACAAUGUUGUCAUGAUUGCGAUGUCAAUAAACACAGUGGCUAUGAUAACAGUAGGUUUUGUUGGGUUCUGGCACUAUGGAAACUUUGCUGUAUCACCUAUCACCAUACAUCUGCCAUUUUCACCUUUCGCCUUAACUCUAAAAGUGGGACUUUGUAUAAUACUCUACGUCAUAUACUCUAUGUGUUUCUACGUGGCUUUCGAUAUAGAAUGGUUUUACCUCAAGAGGCACCAUCAGAUGUCCAACUAUUGGUUUUGGGAGCGACUGUAUAGAACUAUCCAUGUGAUCAUCUUGAUAAUGAUCGCUUAUUGUCUUCCUAAUGUCACACGAUUGAUGGGGAUUAUCGGUGCCUUAUGUACAAGUCCCGCAGUUUUCAUCUACCCUUAUUUCAUAGAGCUACUAUUGGAUUGGGAGCACCCAGGGUUAGGCCGCUGCAAAUGGAGACUCCUAAGAUUCAUCGUCAUGCUAACCUUUGGUCUUGUCUUAUUCGUCGCUGGUACUUACUACAACGGUCUAGGAAUGUAUUUAGAACUUGAAAACCGUCCCAAAGCAAAUAUUUCCUUUAAUCCUGAGAACCAAGCACCCGAGUUGGAAAGAAAAGAAAUUAAUUUUGAAAUCGGUACCGAAUUGUCUGUCGAUCCUAAGAAAAGCUUGAAUUUAACCGAUGAGGGUAAACAUAAUAAUGAUUUGAACGUUGCAUUGCCUUAUGAAGUUCCUUAUAAUUUAUUUGAUCCAAAUCUUAAUGCGAAUUAUUCGACAAAAAAUAAGGCAACAAUUGUCUUUGAGUAUUAUAAUACCACUCUGAUUGAUAAUAAUAAUAUUGCAACGAAUUUACGUCGAUAUGAAAAUCUCGCUCCAAAAGCAAAUGAAACGAUAAAUAUUACACCUGAAAAUAAAAAUUUAAUUAUUAAUAAUAUUUUACCUGAUAUCAAUAAUUAUACAGUUUUAUUUAAUAGUACGACUCCAAUUAUGCCUGUAUUUAAUAAUGUUACAGCCUUAGCCAAUAAUUUUACUAAUAUUUUACCUUUACAAUAA